UGAGAUAACCGGACGAAUGAACAGGUAUUGGUAUAUUAAAAAAAGGUUAGCUUUUAAUCCUUCCGAUAUGAGGAUUGGCGUACGUUAGGUUAGUCCUUAGUGUUAAUUCUUGUCUCAUUCGACUUUAAUAAUAUAUUUGUUUUUGUCAGUUAAGCUAAUGUGCAAAGUGUUGCCUUGCAUUUUCAAUGUUAUUUAAAAAAUCAUGUCAUCCACACAUUUGUCCAGUGGAAGAUUAAAUAUUGGGUUGAUUCAGGAGCAGGCUAGAAAGCAAUUACUUUGUCUACUUGAAAAAUGCGACGGGCCAAAAGCAAUUAUUUGGGACGAAUCCCUUGGUGGUCCUAUGGGUCUUGUUGCGAAAUAUGAUAUACUUCAAGAGCACGAAGUUAUUAAAAUGUAUCCAUUGGUAGGUGGUCGCCUGCCACCUGCCGAUGUCACUAAUGUAAUUUUUAUUACCAGGCCACAUUUAAAUCUUAUGGAUUUAAUCGCCCAAAAUAUUCAUGGCGAAGAAGGUAGUAGGCAACGAAAAGAAUUUCACAUAUUUUUUGUACCACGGAAAAGCUUGCUCUGCGAGAAGAAACUUCAAAACCGCGGGGUGUUUGGAAAUUUUACUUUAAUCGAAGAAUUUCCAUGUGAUCUAUUCCCAUUCGAUAAUGAUUUAAUUUCAAUGGAAUUAAGUAAUGCAUAUCGUGAAUUUCAUUUAGAAAAUGAUCCUACUUGUUUGUAUCAAGUUGCACAAGCCAUACAGAAUAUACAAAGACUUUAUGGAAAAAUUAAUAGAGUUACUGGGAAAGGGCCGGCUGCGAGUAAAGUUUGGGAUUUAAUGCAAAGACUAAGUAGAGAAACGGAAGAUCCAAAAGUAAAUAAUACUCAGAUGCCAGUUAUCGAACACUUGCUAUUACUUGACAGAUCGGUGGAUUUAUUAUCUCCUUUAGUGACACAGUUAACUUACGAAGGCUUAAUCGAUGAGAUGUUUGGCAUUAAUAACACUACAGUAAAAUUACCAGCAGAGAAAUUUUUAAAUUCUGAUGAAUCGCCAACUGUAAUGUCCCUUGAGAAAAAGAAGCAACAGAUUAUUCUCAAUUCAGGAGAAGAAUUAUUUGCAGAAAUUCGAGAUAAGAAUUUUAAUGGAGUUGGCCCAGUUCUUAGCAGAAAGGUAAAAGUUAUUUCAUCGCAAUUUGAUGAGAGACAUGGCGAUAAAAGUGUACAAGAAAUUAAACAAUUUGUAGCAAAAUUACCUCAUAUGUUAGCAACUAAACAAUCUUUAGUUAAACACACAACGAUAGCAGAAAUGAUUAAAGAAAUAAGCGAUUCUAAUAGUUUUCUGGAAACGUUACAAGCUGAACAGGAACUUUUAAAUUGCAUUGAUACGGAUAAGCCAAAUCCUUACAUUGAAGAUUUAAUUGCACAACAGGAACCACUUAUGAAAGUCCUAAGGCUUUUGUGCAUUCAGUCGAUUACUAAUUCUGGCUUUAAACAAAAACUUCUCGAUUAUUAUAAAAGGGAAAUUGUACAAACAUAUGGUUUUCAGCAUUUGCCAACAUUAUUGAAUUUAGAGAAAGUUGGACUUUUAAAGGUUCAACAGUCGGUUAGACAGUAUACGGUACUGAGAAAAGCUUUAAGAUUGACAGUUGAGGAUGAAAGUGAAAUUGCACCAAAAGAUAUAAGUUACGUACAUUCAAUAUAUGCUCCUUUAAGUAUUAGAUUAGCGGAGCAGCUUGUGCAACCUGGAGGCUGGCAAGGAUUAAACGAUAUUUUAGGACUUUUACCAGGACCUGCAAUUUCGAAUCUUUCUUCCAAUUCAGCCUCGUCCGGGAGAAGAAAUUCGAUAACCAGUGAAGAUUCGUCGUCGGAACCGCCAAAACUUAUACUUGUAUUUUUUAUUGGAGGUUGUACAUAUGCAGAAAUAUCAGCCUUACGAUUUCUUUCUCAACAAGAGGAUUUGAACGUUGAAUUUGUAAUAGGAACAACCAAAUUAAUCAAUGGAACUACUUUCCUUACUUCAUUAACGGCAGAUAUGUUAUCGAAUUAAUAUUUAAUUAACGUAUUUUUAUAAUACAAUAGCAAAUUAA